AUGCAUCUUCCGGCUCUCACCCUGGCUUUGGCUGGCACAGCACUUGCGGCGAAGAACACCACCAGGCCGUAUUCGACAUGGAUGGCCUCUUCCUUUUUGUCCAAGAGCCAGCACAUGGACAACCACUACGUCGCCUCGGUCAUCCAUGAAGGUAUCCAGAAAGCCGCCACAACGCAAAACGACUCUUCUCUGCUUGCGUACGCUUCCGAAGCCGUCUCGUCAGUUGUUUCCUCCAAUGGCACUAUCAAGGGGUGGAACUCCACCUUCUAUACACUGGACGACAUCCGGGUUGGCAACAACAUCCUUUACUUCUGGAACUCGGAGGGCCGUAAAGACGACAAGUACGUUGUUGCGGCCAAGGGUCUCCGUGAGCAGCUGGACCGAUGGCCGCGCACCCCCACAGGCGGGUUCUGGCACAGGGCCCCUGUCUAUGCGAACCAGAUGUGGCUAGAUGGUAUUUACAUGGCCGAUACCUUCUAUGCGACCUACACAUCAUACUUCGAGCCCGACAACACGACUGCGUGGAACGAUAUCGAGUUGCAAUUCGAUCUGAUCGAGGAGCACUGCCGAAACACGACAACCAACCUCCUGUACCAUGGCUACAGCGAAGACAAGUCGACUGUGUGGGCUGACCCUGAGACUGGUGCUUCACCAUAUGUGUGGGACCGUGCUCUGGGAUGGUACUUUGUUGCGCUCGUUGAGGUGCUCGAAGUCUUCCCCAAGACACACGCUGGUUACUCCAAGCUCGUUGACUACUUUGUCACACUGGCCUCUGGUAUCAAGGACGUCCAAGAUAUCAGCGGCGGAUGGUGGCUGCUCAUGGACCCGGAGCUUGCUGGAAAGGAGGGGAACUACAUCGAGUCGAGCGCCACAGCCAUGUUCACCUACGCAUACAUGAAGGGUGUCAGGCUGGGUUUGUUGGAGAAGUCGUACCAGGAAACAGCGUCCAAGGCGUGGGAUCUGAUGUUGGAUGACUUCAUCCAGUACGAGAAGAACGGUACCCUCAGCUUUACCGGCACGGUCACUGUAGGAAGCUUGAAGGGCGAUGCGUCUUACGAGUACUACACUGGUGUUGAGACGCUGAUCAACGAUGGUAAGGGUGCUGGUGCAUUCAUGUACGCCGCUACCGAAAUGGAGAAGGCUGGACUGGAGUAG